GUGCGCACACAGCGCCGGGCGGCCACGGAGGGCGCCGGGGGACCCCGAGGCUGGGGCAGGGGCGGGCCUCCGGGUUAAUUGUUACCCCGGGUCCAGAGUCUGCCCCCCGGGGGCCAGGGCCGCCCCGCCCCGGACCCGCCUGCGCCUUAUCACCGCCUGCGCUCGCACCGCGCCGCGCUCCCUGCCGGCUCCUCCGCGGCCAUGGGGACCCUGGGGACCCUGCGGACCCUGCUCGCUCUCGGCGCUCUGCUCCUGGCGCCCGCCGAGGCCCAGCAGGGGCGCCAGCUGAAGCCCUGGCUGGUGGGCCUGGCUGCCGUUGUGGGGUUCCUGUUCAUCGUCUUCGUCCUCAUGCUGGCCAACCGCGUCUGGUGCUCCAAAGUGAGAGCUGAGGACCAGGAGGAGUCCGCUAUCAGGCUGGAGCCCAACGUGUACCAGGAAAUAGAUCCGAGGUACCGCCUGUGUUUGAGGGUGGGGGUCAGGGGGUCUGUGUGA